UAUCUAUUUUAGUUUGUGGAUUGUUUGGUCUUUUUCAUCUGUGAUCAAUUUGCGUUAAUUCGCGCUUAUGAUUUUGUUUCUAAUAUUUACGUUGAAUUAAUUAAUCAAUUACUAAAGUAAUCUUUCACAGUAAAACUUAACUGCAAUUAGUUAUGUUUAAAAUAAAGUUAAUUGCACUUGGACAUCCUAAUCCGGAAGGUUUCAAUUGUGAAGAUGAAAGGGACUAUAGAAGUGCGGUUAUGUGGCUAGAGGAUCAAAAAAUUAGACAUUACAAAAUUGAAGAACGAGAUAAUUUACGAAAUAUCAGUGCAGAUAAUUGGACAGAAGCCUAUUACACCUAUCAAAGGGACCUGCUUAGUCCUUUUAUUAGUGGUCAUCCAAAUGAACAAUUGAACUGGCUUUUGUCUUAUGCAGUGAGAUUAGAGUAUGCAGAUAAUGUCGACAAGUAUAGGAAUGCUGAGGCAGAACAACCAAAACAAGCCACUCCCAAUGUUGUUUCAACAAAUCCUUUAGACAACCUUGAUUUCUCAAGCCCAGCUUUCAAGGCUGGUAUAGAAAGGGUAUCUGCACUUGCUGGAGUUGGACCACAUCCAGAUCCAAAGUUCCGAUUGGCAGCUAUUGCAAAGAUACUUAAGAACUCUCCCCACCCUGAUGUACCAAAGACAGAGGCCAACAUCAUACAAAAACCAGCUGAUGUAUUUAAAUUACUUUUUGUACAGGACCUUAGAGAUUUACAAACAAAAAUAAAUGAGGCCCUUGUUGCUGUUCAAUCUGUCACAGCCGACCCUCGUACAGACACGAAAUUGGGUAGAGUUGGUAGAUAAUUCUGUCAUAUAAUUUGUGAGAUUCGGCAUUAUUAUGUUGGAUUGACUGUUUGAGUAUUAAUUAUUAUAUAUAUAGAUUAAAAUUAUUUAAUGCCCAACAUGUUUUUUCACAUUCAAACUUGACUACUGCAUACAUUUUACUGUGGCUAUCAAAAUAUACUAGUAAAUUACAACUGUGAAUACACAGGAGUACUCUAUAAAAUAUUUUAUACCAGUUUAUUUACUUUUUCUGAUAAUUUUCAGUACAUAUAUAAAA